GAGAAACACAGUUCAUGAGUGAUCGCUCGCUACCAUCAAGGCCUCUGAUCUGCUGUUGAUGUUUGCCUCAACCUUGCGUCACUCUCUUUGUGUUCGCAGACAAGAGAUGCAGCAAUUGUGAGCAGGGAAGCAGAUUUCUUAAAGUGUCUUCAUACCAACUGGCGAGUUGUGCACCCGAUGAGCUCUACACAACGAAAGCAUUGAGCACCUAGUCGUGCAUGGUGAUUGUGUAUAUCGCUUUCAUCGCCUGUCUCAUCUUUGCGCACCUGCUCAUCUACUGUCUCGUCAAAUCGGGGAUUGCCGAAAGCAAGAAGCCUGCUCCGCUGUCUGCUCGGCAGCGCAGGCGCCUCACAGAAGCGUGGCCAGAGUUUUUCCAGGACAGUGUGCUCCGCACUGGACCGAUCUAGCCUGACUCCGCGCCAAGUGCUCCUAAGGACAGCGCACGCACAGGAGCAGCCCACAAGACACAAGUUGAGGGGCCCUCAUGCUGAAGGGGUCCCGGCAUGAUUGCCGGGAAUGAUGGGUUGAAGUGUGGGAAUGCGGCUGGGAGCCAAGUCCGGUGUCCCAGAACUGCAAUAGCUGAUGGCUGGCAUCAGCUUCCCAGCAGACAGCAGCUUGUGACGCGAUUUGGCUUAUUCAAGAGCCAAUGCACACCCGAGGUGGCAGCCAGCGGGGAGGUGAGCUGCGCGUGCGAGCAGUGCGGCCGGUGCAGGGCGUUCCUGCAGGGCCGCCUGGAUGGAGGCCCCACCUGGCGCCAGUAUGAAGUCUGGACCCGCGACUACAUCAACUCCCUGGCAGCAUACCUGUGGAGGAGGGGGGAGGAGCUGGGCCUGGAGCACUUAGCAGUUCUGGAGGUUGGCGCUGGCGAUGGCCGGCUGACCGCGCAGCUGCAGGCAGCUCUCGCGCAGCUGCGACCUGCCACUAAUUGCUGCAGCGUGGAUCUGCGGCAGUUUGUGGAGCUGCUGUCGUGUGAAGAAGCGCUGGGAAAGCACCGGCCAGACAUUGUGCUGUGCUCCUGGAUGCCGCUGGGAGUUGACUGGACGUCCAGCCUGCGCGCCUGCCCCCAGGUGAUCUUCCACACAGACCUCAAUGAGGACACAUGCAUUUCAAUUUCUGUGGGGCGGCACUGA